GGAAUGCUGACGAUAUUCUGCCUGUCUCUGUCCUUCGUCUACUUCACGCAAGCGUUCCUCAUUGUUCUGCCGAAAGAAUAUUGGUGUCGCCUGCCGCGGGUCGAGGGAGUGUCCAACGAGCAACUGCGAGAUAUCAUGAUACCCAGCUCGAAAUUGGUACCCUUCGAGGGACACCACUUGCCCUACUCGAGAUGUUGGAUGUACGACUUACCUGUAGAAGAGGCGCUCGCUGUGAAGAAACCGGAUAAAAGUUGGCCCUUGAAGAGGUGCAACGCUUGGGAGUUCAAGCUCACACGUACUGACGUGCCAUACAUGUCCGUUGCCACGGAACAAAACUGGGUAAAACAGAAAUGGCUUGCUCCACGAGUCUGCGACGCAGCGUACAAGGUCUACCUCGCCCAGAGCAUCUUCUUCAUAGGCUCGAUCUUCGGCGGCUUCUUCUUCGGCUGGCUGGCGGACAAAUACGGCCGAAUACCGGUUCUAGUGUCCACCAACGUGAUUGGUUUCAUUGGUGGCUUCAGUAGCGCGUACAUCAUCUCUUUCUGGCAGUUCUGCGUGAGCAGGUUCGUAGUCGGCCUGGCCUACGACAACACUUUCGUGAUGGCUUACAUACUCGUGCUGGAGUGCGUCGGGCCAAAAUGGCGGACGUUCACCGCAAACAUGGCCUACGGGAUAUUCUACACACUCGGCGCUAGCAGUUUACCGUGGUUGGCGUACGGUCUAGCUAACUGGAGGAUGCUCGCCAUGGUGACAUCGGUCCCUUUAGCCUCAGCUGUCUUCACGCCAUUUCUUCUGCCUGAAAGCGUCAGGUGGCUGAUCAGCAGGGGCCGUAUAGAGAAAGCGAUACGUAUCAUCGCGAGGAUCAGUAAGACGAACAAGAUGAUUAUCCCCGAAGACGUUUACCGAAAGUUCCUUGAAGACUGCGUGAGAACCGCGGACCAACUCGCCACGGAGGUCCACUCUUUUCGAGAUCUGUUACGAACGAAACGUCUCAGAAGGAUCACGUUGUUGCUGACAGUGUCUUGGGGCAUCAUUCAGAUGUCUUACGACGGCCACAUCCGGUGUCUGGACAUCCUGGGCAUGGAUAUAUUCACGACGUUCACGAUCGCCUCUGCAACCGAGCUGCCAGCCCUGCUCCUGGUUACCUACACUCUGGACGUGUUCGGCCGAAGAUGGACUCUGGCCAGCGCGGUGAUCCUCUCCGGACUAUUCAGCCUAUUCGCCGCGAGUGUGUCGAUCGGCGUCGGCUACACGUCAUUCGCGAUAUGCGGCCGUUUCUUUAUCAACGUCGCCUUGAAUAUCGCGUUGCAAUACACUGCAGAAUUGUUGCCUACUGUGGUCAGGGGGGAGGGUGUUGCCUUCAUACACGUGACAGGAUAUGUCACGUCUAUAUUAAGCCCGUUCAUCGCGUUCUCCGGAAGAUUACUGUACAACCUGCCGAUGAUCAUACUAGGACUGUCGAGCCUGUUCGCUGGGAUAGUGUGCCUAUUCCUUCCGGAAACGCUUCUGGAGCAGUUACCGCAGACAUUGCUGGACGGGGAGGUGUUCGGGACUGAUCAGUCGUUUUGGGACACCCCUUUUACGAGGAAGCGACCAAGGACGCCGCAGGGACAUCAUGUGCACGCGAGACGUCCGGUACGUCGGCCCGAGCUGCUACGCAGCAGCAUGAUUUCCGGUUACUUAGGCGACAGCAAGAGGUUCUCCGUUCUUUACCAGAAAGCGGGUGGAAUCCAGUCAACGAAAAAUCUCGCCGUUAACCCUUCUACGGCCGAGUCGACCAGAGCUGAAACGAACCAAGCUGGUUUGACGAAAGACGAAGAAAUAUCAGCAGACCACAGAUUUUCGUUGAAGAACGCAAUUGAGAAAGAUAUACGUACAUUACCUCCGAUAACCGUUUGAGGACGAGGAUCGUCGUAUCAGCGACAUCGGACUUCGGUAUCUGAAGUUAGAAGCAAGUAGUUUGAUACUGAUAACGAAAGUUCAAUCUAUCGUCUUCUUUUUUUUCUAGUAUUUAACAGUUCGACGGAUAACUCAUCUUUCUUUAGAUAAGGUCUUUAACGGCCGUUUCAAGUUUCUUCUUUCGCUGUCGUUCUAGAGAACAGAAAUGCUUCCCCGAAGAAUCAUUAGCAUUAAAACUACCAAGCAGUCACAUUCAUUAUUCUUUAAUCCUUGUAUAGAAACUAUAAUGGUAAAACUAUUGAGAAUAAAUACUUGAUUGACGACGACGACGAAAUAAAUCCUUAUCGGACAAAUAAAUUCUUAUACGUCUCAGCUUGCGCAUUACUUAAUGAAUUUGUUUAACAUGUUGACCGCCGGUCAUAUGUGACUGAAGUGCUUCAAAUGCUUGUAAUUGUUGUUGGGUUAUUAGUCAGUAAAAUAACUAUGGGUGGUGCACUAUUUAGUAACACUACCGGAUUAGUGAUAAUGAUUUAUUAGAGAAUAAACAUGCUACAAUAUUCAACUUAUAUCUUAU